AGCGAUGAUUCGGAAAAAAAACGAAAGCAAAAACAAACGAACGCUUUUAGAUUGCGUUCGUUGGACAAAAAUCGAAGAUAAAUGCAAGCAGUUCAAUGAUAUUGAGAUCUAACCAAAGGAUUGGAUAGUAACCAGUUAGUUCUAAAACGCCUUUCUGAUACUCGACGGUCAGUACAUUCUGCAGCAACUAAAGCAUUGAGCAAAGACUUUAAAAAUGUUAAGACAGUUUUAGAGAACAUUGCUGAGGACCCCGAGGAGAAGGUUGAAGCUCGCACUACAGCUGCAGGAAUUGCAAAGAAGAUGGAUCAGUUAGAAUAUGGAAUUUUAUUAGAACUCUGGACACCCAUAUUAGAUCGCUUUCAUAAGACCAGUUUAAAACUGCAAAGUCCACAACUUGAUCUAAAUGAGGCUGUUCAACUGUUAACUUCACUAAAAAGAAUAUGUAAAUUCACUUCGGAUCAGCUGAUGAAACAGUGUUUUCGGCACAGCAGAAAUUUCGAGUCAUGGUUUUCUUGCCAGUACUUGAUCACUUGAAUUCAGCAUUAUGUAAACGAUCAGAGGCAUACAGUGGUGUAUGUGAUAAGUUUGGUUUUCUGAGAAACAUUCGAUCACUGGAACAGUCUGAUUUGCGAAGAGCCAGUAGAAACUUGAUAGAUACUUAUGUAGAUGAUUUGGAAGAGUCAUUUGAAGAUGAAAUACUUCACUUCAAAGAAUAUUUAUUAGCUGAUACGUACUUGCAACAGAAUGAGAAAGAACUGAAAUGUAGCAUAAAGCUGUAUAUGUAUCGGGCUUUGAGAAACAGCAGUGCACUACAAGAUAUAUUUCCAAAUGUUGCCACAGCACUUCACAUAUACCUCAGUUUGAUGAUCACCAACUGCAGUGAUGAAAGAUCAUUCUCUGCAUUGAAACGGAUAAAAAACUAUCUGCGAAGUGCUUUGGGUGAUGACAAACUGAAUUCCCUUACUGUUAUGUGUACUGAAUCUGACAUCCUAAGAAGCUGUGACUUCAAUGAAAUUUUAUCAGACUUUGUUGAACGAAAAUGCAGAAAAAUGAAUUUUUGAUCGUGUUGUUUUUUUCUUUGGGUCAGCCAUUUAUAAAAUAUAUACUAGUAUCUAAUA